GCACUAAUGGGGGCUACCGUGAGGAGCCGGUGGACCACAGACUUACUGACAGAGAGUGGGCUGAUGAAUGGAGGCAUCUGGAUCAUGUGUUGAACUGCAUUGUGGACAUGGUGGAAAAAACACGAAGGUCGGUGAGCGUGCUCAGACGAUGCCAGGAGGCAGACAGGGAGGAGCUGAACUACUGGAGACGCCGUUCAAGUGAGCAGGAAGACCCACGCAAAGGAGGCUCCGGCUCGGCUCCGUUUUCCAAGACGCACAGCCCCCCCACGGCAGAGUCGG